CUACAAGCCGUAUUUUAAGCCCUCAAAAAUCCUUUCCCAUCUCCUCGAUUUUCUUCUCUCUCCCCUCCUUACCACCGCGGAACUCCAGCGGACUCCCGCCAACCUCCACCCUGCCCUUCCUGUAGUUCGUGCCACGCGCUAUUCCCAAGGCUGGCACGUGACCUGUGAAACGCGCCGCACAGACUCCCGCGGAAAGCUUGGACAUUCAACGACACCAAAUUGCAAAGCUUGCCAGCUUGUGCCGCAUCAUCCAAUUUCAAGUCCAGCCAAAAUCUUAGAAGCAAAGGAGCUUCCCACGACGACGACGACGACGACGACGACGACGACGAAGACUCCUCCCUGCGCAACAAUCCCAAACCCCAUCCUACAGCACAUCCACACAGCUCCCACACUCCAAUCAAUCGAUCCCCAUGUCCUCCGAACGCGGUGCCUUCCGCGGAACCAGCGGCGGACGCGGACGAGGCGGACGCGGAAGAGGAGGAGGAGGAGGAAGUCACCACCAACAACAACACCACCAGCGCGGCGGUGCGACAGGUGCAAGCGAGACCCACGCCGAGCGCCCCAAGAAGGAGAACAUCCUCGACCUGGGCAAAUACAUGGACAAGCAAAUCACGGUCAAGUUCAGCGGCGGGAGGGAAGUCAUCGGCACAUUGAAGGGCUACGAUCAACUGAUGAAUCUGGUGCUGGAUGAGGUGAGGGAAGCAAUGACGGACGAAGAAGGGAACGUGCGGUACCGCAAACUCGGCCUCAUAGUCGCGCGAGGCACGCUGCUGGUCGUCAUUUCUCCCGUGGACGGCAGUGAGGAAAUAUCGAAUCCGUUUAUUCAAGAGGAGGAAUGAUGCGCUGGGGUUUGAUGUUACUGCUAGCAAUAGGGAAACUUACCGAGGAAGAGGGUGGCGAUUCUCGGCUUCAGAUAGAUAUGCUGGUGCAGAGGACGGGAAAGCAUCUAAGAGACGUGGGAAGCAAUAUGUUAACGAUAUGCAGCUUCAUAAGACCAUCUAAGGGGAAGAAAAGGAGGGAUGAUACCCAAGGCAGGUCAAAAAAUAAUACGGUGGAGCAAUAAGGUCUCCCCUGGUUAGUCGGCGUGCAUUUCCGCCGAUGAGCCCCUCGUUCUCUAUAGAGCCCCAUUAUCCGCGUUGCGGCGAGACGUAUAUCCGCACGAGAUAGAGCCCGGAGUGCUGAACCCUCACUCCCUCAAUAGACCAAAUAAAGACCGCAACGCAUACCCAU